CGACCCCAGGACCGACCCAAGCCCGUGCUCCGCUGCAUCCCAGCACCCACAUCCCACCACCGCCACCACCACUACCACCAUGCCCAAGAGAAAGGCCGAAGCGGAUGCUAAAGGAGAUGAGGUGAAGGUGAAGGGCAAACCACAGAGAAGAUCGGCCAGAUUGUCUGCUACACCAGCUCCUGCAAAGCCAGAACACGAGCCUAAAAAGGGAGUGAAGGUACCCAAAGGGAACAAGGGAAAAGCUGAUGCUGGCAAGGACGGGAAUAACCCUGCAGAAAAUGGAGAUGCCAAAACAGACCAGGCACUUGAAAGCCAAAGGUGCUGA